UGGCUCACUGAGUCGCUGUCUUUGAUUAUCUCCAUCUCGGUGACAGCUAAUCAGAAACAACAGCAGAGUCGGUGAAAAACCUUGGAGAAUUUAGCUUUUAAAGCAAUGGAGGAGUACAAUUCCGGAGAGGAGGUGUCCUUCAACGCAGAUGAGGCCAGUGUCUCUGUUAAAGAGUGUAUCGAAGGUAUCAUUGGAGGAAUAGACUACAACCAGAACAAAGUGAACCAGUGGACUGCCAGCAUCGUGGAGCACUCUCUCACCCAGCUGGUCAAGCAAGGGAGACCAUUCAAGUUCAUAGUGAACUGUGCCAUCAUGCAGAAGAGUGGUGCUGGUCUCCACACGGCUAACUCCUGCUACUGGGACACUGCUACUGAUGGAAGCUGCACGGUCAGGUGGGAGAACCGCACCAUGUACUGUGUGGUGAGUGUUUUCGCCGUGGCCGUGACCUGUUAACGUGGGGCCCUCUGUUCCCCUUCCCACAAUCCCCCUUUCUCGCACUGAGCUGAACACAACCUGGCAUGCACCAGCACCACCAAACCUUGAAGAUCCUAUGCUGAUUACCCAUACAAAUAAAUGUCUGUUGUACAACAACACCCACAAACUUUGACCACUCCCAAUGGGAACCAUAGGAUGGGAAUUCAGUGAUGUUGCAAUAUGUGGUGGAUGCAUAGUGUUGUCUGUGUGCAAAUGUAAAUAUAGACCAGUAGUUAUAGAGAUAUGCUCAGCAUGGACUUAGGAAAUGGAACUACCCACACUGGUAAAGAUUCUGGGCGGCAGGUAGCUUAGUGGUUAAGAGCAUUGUGCCAGUAACCGAAAGGUCGCUGGUUCUAAUCCCCGAGCCGACUAGGUGAAACAUCUGUCGAUGUGCCUUGAGCAAGGCACUUAACCCUAAUUGCUCCUGUAAGUCGCUCUGGAUAAGAGCGUCUGCUAAAUGACUAAAAAAUAAAUAAUAAUUACAGAACAUCUUCAUGGAAUAAUAGUAUUAACUAAAUCAAUACAUCCCAAUUACAGUUUCAAUAGUGUGUCGUACCACUAUCACAAAAAAUAAAAUCGGAGUCUCAUAGCAGAGAGAUCAGGUUCAAUACAUUCCUAACAGAGUGCAGAGAGAGACAUAUUGGAGUUUCCAUUGGAGCAUUGUAGGUUUAUGACAGUGUACCUUUUAUUUAAGAAUAUGUGUAAGACCAUUUGUAUUUAUUCGAAUACCAUUCCCUCUAGAUUGUUGAAGUUGUAGCUGUCCUGCAUGUUGUAUCACAUUCCAUCUAGAUUGUUGAAGUUGUAGCUGUCCUGCAUGUUGUAUCACAUUCCCUCUAUAUUGUUGAAGUUGUAGCUGUCCUGCAUGUUGUAUCACAUUCCCUCUAGAUUGUUGAAGUUGUAGCUGUCCUGCAUGUUGUAUCACAUUGCCUCUAGAUUGUUGAAUUUGUAGCUGUCCUGCAUGUUGUAUCACAUUCCCUCUAGAUUGUUGAAGUUGUAGCUGUCCUGCAUGUUGUAUCACAUUUACCUCACUAACCCUUAUAUCAUUUGUGAUAUUAAAUUGACUGAAAAUGCUUUUUGUUUCAACUACUCAUGACACUAUAAGUAUGACUUGUGACUGAUGUGUUUGUCCAUUGACCUUUCAUUCAUUAAAUGUAUUAUUUAACUAACGUCA